AAUUACUUGAGUGACGGACAGAAGUUGUCUGCGGAUGGGGUGACCCUUCGAGUGGUGGCCACUCCCGGACACACCACUGACCACUUGGUGCUCGUGUUAGAGGAGGAGAACGCCCUCUUCAGCGGCGACUGUAUUCUCGGCGAAGGAACCGCUGUUUUCGAAGACCUCUACACUUAUAUGAAUUCACUGAAAGUGAUCUUAGGAUUGAAGCCACGGGUCAUAUACCCCGGACACGGACCAGCUGUGGACGAACCCAUCGCCAGAAUUGAAGAGUAUAUCUCACACCGGGAACUAAGGGAACAACAGAUCCUUAAAGUAAUGAGAGAUACGGACAAAGCGUUGACAUCAAUGGAAAUCGUCAAAAUUGUUUAUAAGGAUGUGUCCGAACAGUUACAUAGAGCCGCGGAAUUCAAUGUUUGCCACCAUUUGGACAAAUUGGUCAAAGAAGGCAUAAUUUCCAAAUUAACUGAACCGCAA